AUGUUUAGCUAAAAUAAUAUGUAGAACAGUACAAAGAAUCUUGGAAACAAUACAAAUUAAUAAUUGUAAAAGUUUUAAGAACAUGGAUUAUAUUAAUUUAUUCUAAACAGAAAUAAAGUUAAAGAGAAAAUAGUAAAAAAAUAAAAAUAAGUUACUCCUUAAAGGUAGAAUCGUCCAUCGACUGCUUUAGUUGAUUCUUAAGGGAAAUAUAAAUUGAAUAUGAACUUAGGAUUAUAAAUAGAAAGCUUUAGCACUUUAUAACCAAAAUAUUAAAUUUUUGAGGAGUAACAUAAAAUUAAUUCAUAACACUAAACUUCUUCUACUCCUCAUUAGAAACUUUAUGUUAAUGAUUAGAAGAUAUUGAGAGCCGUGUCUACAUUAAGAAAGAUUAAAAAUUAAAGGGCUUUUCGACCUUGUCCAUUUACUUUGGGUUUUAAUAUAGAGUAAUGCUCAAUUAAACCUAAAACUAUUAAAUAAAGAUCUAUUAGUCAAUUAAAUUAAAUUAAAAGUUUAAAUAGAACAGAAAUUUUGAAAUAUAAAAGAUAUGAAUCUCCUUAAAGUAUAGUAAAAUCGAAUUUUUACAGUUAACUUACAAAAUGGGAGUAAUAUGAUGAUAGUAAUUUAUUUGAUUUGAAUUUCUUGAACAAUAAUCUCUUCAAGUACGAACUUUGA